CUCCUCCUGCAGACAGCACACAGCCAAGCCUGAUGGCUUCAGGAAACUGCACAACACCAACUGCGUUCAUUCUGUCUGGAUUGACAGAAAAUCCAAGGCUGCAGAUUCCUCUCUUCAUGCUGUUUUUAGCCAUCUACAUCACCACUUUGAUGACAAAUCUGGGUCUCACUGCAUUAAUCAGCAUAGAUCUUCAGCUUCAAACACCGAUGUAUAUUUUCCUCCAAAAUCUGUCUUUCACGGAUGCAGUUUAUUCUACAGUCAUCACUCCCAAAAUGCUGGCCACGUUUUUAGAGGAAACAAAAACAAUUUCAUAUGGAGGUUGCAUUCUGCAGUACUUUAGCUUUAUUUUGUUGUCAAUCUCAGAGUGCCUGCUGCUAGCUGUGAUGGCAUAUGACCGGUAUGUGGCCAUCUGUAAACCUCUGCUUUAUACUGCCAUCAUGACCAAGGCAGUCUGCUGGAGGCUGGUGAAAGGUUUGUACUUUGUGGCCUUCCUGAACUCUCUGGUGCACACCAGUAGCUUGCUAAAACUAUCCUUUU